AUGCUUGGCAGUGCACUAAGUUACGAUGAGAUAGAACGCGAAAUAGAAAAAAUGCAGUCACCAAACCCAAAGCUACGAGAAGAAAGCAUAGACAGCUUGUACAAAAUAUCAAAAGAAAUCGGACAAAUAUACACAGUGCAGUACCUACUACCAUUUAUACAGAAAAUACUAGAUACAAAUGAAGAGGCAAAGGUGCACAUUCUGCACCAAAUAGAGAAGGUAUCACGGGAAGUGCUGCAGGAAAUAAAGCCAGUGUAUCCUCUGUAUAAAGAGAUAUUCCUAACACGAGACGACACUUUACGGGAGAAAGCUGCUGAGUCCUUGGUGGGCAGCGUAGUGCACAUAUCAGAUAGGAAGAUAGACUAUGAAUUGUACGGGCUUGAGGAGUUUAUAUGCAGGCUGGGAGAGAGCAGAUUUGUGAUGCACAGGAUAUCUGCGAUUUCUUUGCUGAGAAAGUGCUUGGACGAAAUACCGCAGCACGUGCAGCUGGGGAGGCUGAAGGGACUUUUUGCAGGGCUCCAGAAGGAUCCUCUUUCCAUCGUCAGGAGAAAAAGCAUUGCGUGCGGAGAGAUACUUUUGUACUUUUACACGGAGGGCGAGAUCCGGGAGAUCAUAGAGGGCGUGCUGCAGGAUGAAGAUGACAUUGUCCGAAGCUAUUUUGUGUCGCCGCUUUUCCUGCUCGACAAGACCAAAGAGAACCUGGUGUUUAACCUGAAAAUAUUCAAAAAGGCCUCGGGCGACAGCAGCUGGAAGGUCCGCAGCAGCUCCACAAAGAUCAUCAAAGACGUGAUUCUGUACGUGUACGCGCAGGGGAGAGAGUCAGACUCUGGCCUCUUGCAGGAGAGCCAGUUCAAGAGAGGGAGCGAAGACGAGGGCGCGCUGGAAACAUCGCAGGAAAGCGGGGUUUCAGUUCUGGAGUGCAUAGACAGGCUGGUGGAGGAUAAAGAAGACGAGGUCAGAAGAAGCAUCGUGGAGAGAACCCCAGAGAUAUUAAAGGAGGCUCCGCACACAAAAAACAAGAUACUUUACAUCAUAGAUAAGGCAUCGUGCGACAGGUCCCCAGGCGUGCGGGAGAUUGUGCCAAACAUUCUUUCGGUUAUAUCGGAGAUAAUAACGAAGGAGGAUGUGGCGCUUUUCAUAUCCCCCAUCAUCAAGAGGCUCCUGGUGGACGAAGACCAGAAGACAAAGAUGGAGACGAUAGGGAAGCUGAAGACGCUGUACAGCAAGCUGGGGACAGAUGCUGUCACAGAUGCCCUCACUCCGGUCAUAAACGACCUAAGCAGCGCCAAUUGGAGAACGCGAAUCGCUGUCCUAAAAAGCAUUUCUUCUCUCAGCAGGCAGAUGAGCAAAAAGUACUUCUACGAGUACCUGAACGAGCCAUUUUUCAAGGUAUUUAUCGACCCAAUUUGGCUGGUCCGGAAGGAGGCAGCAGCAAUUCUUGCGGAAAUCUCCAUAAACUUCGGCGCUCCCUGGGUGUGCGCUGACAUGAUGCAGUCCCUGGAGUUUCUCAAAAGCAGCCGGCACUAUGCGCACAGAAUCUCGUACGUGACUGCGCUGGGAAAGAUUCUGCAGACGCUGUGGCCUCGGCGCGUGCAGAAGCUCUUGGGGAAGAAUCUUUUGGAGAUGGCCGACGACCCGAUUCCGCAGGUGCGCCUGACAGUGGCCAAGGCUGCACGCGCUGGGAUUCUUGAAGAAAAGCACCGGAUUCUGAAGCAUCUGCAGGACGACGCCCACCCAGAAGUAGCGAGCAUCUCGGGAGCAGAAACUGAAUAA